AGCUCUUUCUCCAGCAGCUGAGCUGACAGAUAACUGUGAGUGAAACUGGAUCCCACAUUACAGCGUGCCAGUUAGUCAGCGCUGACAUCAUUCAGUGUAACCUUGGUUUGUUAAGUGUGCUAAGCACUGCAGCCCAUCUCCCUCUCUCUCUCUCUCUCUCUCUCCCAGUCCCUCCCUCCCUCUGGACCAUCAACCCUACUGGCAAAUCUCUCCAACCAGCGGCCUGAGUUGGCGAGUAAUAGGCCCAUUAACAAGCCUUCUUCUAAAGUACCCACUGCAUUACAUACUUUAAGUUGAUAGUGUGACGUCAGAGAACCUGAAUCGGCUUUUUUGGCAAAGUAUGUGAAACAAUGCCAGGACAUUUCACUGCUCUGAAUGUGUAUACACAAUGAACAAUUUGAAGGAAGAUAUAACAUUUAUAUCAUGAUUAAAACUGCUAAUGGCUACUCUGAGAUCUCUGGAUCAUUCGUGAGUGAAUUCUAGCUAUCAGGCAGCGAACAGCAUGGCCUCAGACUUCACAUUAAAAUGUGGUGUUUGUCUACAUCUGGUGGAUUAACUUUGGGUCUACAAUUACACUGAAAGCAUUGGUCCCCAGUAAAGGUUGGGCUGGUCAAAUAAUCCAGGGGUUUAACACAUUUAGAUGAAAUUGAUACACCUACAGUGACGUGUACAUUAAAUCAGUCCUUUGAGGAUUCCACCCUAACAUGCCGCUACCAACAUUUCUGCUACGUUCUUUAACAAGCAAGUCAUAGCUGGUUCUGAAACAUUUAAACCACACAGGUCAAACAGAGCCCAACUGCAGUAAAGCAAGAAUGUCGAGCCUUUCCUGAAUCUGGCUUGUAGUUAGCCUUUAAUUAAAAGUGCCACAUGGAAUGACUUAAAGCUCUAACGCGAUGAAGCAGCUCCAAAGUCGAGGAUCCCAGUGUGGAGGUUAGUGAGAGCUGGAUUCUGCUGUGGACUCUGAGGCAGCCGCCCACUAUCGCUGGCAGCAGAUGGCCCCCCUCUUAGUCAGGUGUCAGCUGUUCACACGAGCACAGGUCGGACACGGAGGCUCACCCACAGUUCACAGCGACCAACACAGCCUGCUCGCUCCUAGUUAACUUUACAUAUUCUCACAUUGACUCUGUGAAGAUAUGCCUCAAUGCAGGUGCACACCAGGAAGCAGAUUAGUGUAUGUUCUUCAUUCAGGAGCUUCCUCUGUCCCUGAACACCACAUGCCAGAUUUUAGGUUUACCAUCCUUUAAUGACCAACUUGCUCAAAGCAAUAGAACUAAUAUUCCUCCAAGAUGACUCUCACUUCACUCUAUGUUGCUGAGGAGCCAGGAACCGGCUUGGUUGAGGUGAACAUGUGUACGCUUGAGAUUAAUAUCAAGUAUGAGAUCAUCUCAUCCCUCGUCUGCUCUGUUUGCCUUUCGUUCGGCCUGAUCUUCACCUUUUUCGGAUUCCGCUGCUUCAAGAUGGUCAUGUUCAUUUCCGGCUUCGUGUUCGGCGCCACGACCGUCCCCCUGUUGUACCACACGGAGCGCCUGUUGGACGCCCGGCUCAGGUCAGAGUCCAGGGCCGGGGUCAGCCUGGCCGUGGGCGUCCUCUGCGGCCUGACGACCACGCUGGUGCCCCCACUGGGCCUCGUCCUCAGCGGGCUGCAACUGGGGGGCCUGCUGUCUCUCGCCGCCCUGGUGGUCGUCGGCCAGUUUCACAGCCUGGCUCCGGCGUGGGCGCCUCUCCUCGCCGCGCUGGCUGCCGCCAUCGCCGCCGCUCUCCACGCUCUCCGGUGGCGGCGACUGUUCACCGUCGUCUACACAUCUGUGCUUGGAGCCGGCACCGUGACGCUCAGCGUGGAUUAUCUCGUGGGGACGUUUACGCUGCCGGAUCAGGUGUAUGAUCUGUUUUGCCAAGUGGCCCCGAGUCCACUCUGCCGUUUUGACUGGGCGGUCGUUGGGAUCUGGCCUGUUUUGGGUCUGGCGGGUGUGCUGGUGCAGCGGGGGUUUACCGCCAAAGGAGUGUCACACAAAGAUGCCGCACACAAAAAAUACAAGAAAAAUAAUAAGAACCACGGGUAUAGAGAGUCAAGGAGAAGAUACCAUCGCCGGUGUAGGCCUCCGCCGCUGAAGCGCUACGCUGGAGACGUCCUGGCACCGAGUUAUCUCCAGAGCCUUCAGGAGCGCCGGAUGGAGACGGGUUCCUCCACCAGCAGCGCCAGCACCAUCACACACACUCUAAUUGACUUUGACUUUGAGACGGGCUCGAUGGUGUCUCUGACCUCUGCCUCGCCCGUCUAUACAGUCUGAAAGGGACGCCUCAGAUGUUUGGACCACAUCUGAUGAAUCCAUGACGUGUGGCAUUUAAUUCACGAUUUUUUGACUGCACUUUGAUCAUCAAACACGCACACAGUGUGAAUGAUGACAACACAUCUCAGUCAUCUGACUAUAGAUCAUUGCUUCCUUUGAACAGACACUGUGUUUUACAGUUGGGACGGCAAAAAACAUUCACGUAUGCGUCUGAAAAACUGGGAAAACAGCCGAUAAACUAGAGAUGUUAUAGGAUUCGGACAGAUUAAUGAAUGCUGUUUUGGUGUUUCGUUAAUAAAUGUCUGUUAAAGCAAAAAUGUGUUAGAAACAAAACAACAACAAACCAAACAGCCACCUUGGCCCAAAAUGGCAAUGACUCCACUAGAUGACUUAAAAAGACAACGUAUUAUAGCAAACUUUAAGCUAACUUUGAUAAUACAAAAUCCUUGUUGUUGAAGAGAGAUCUCAAGAUCCAUCACUGUCUUAUGUAUGUUCUGCCUAAAAUAUAAUCACAACAUGCUGCAUUAACAGUGAGAAUGUAAAUCACUGAGGCAACAGUCCAAGUCCAAAGAAUAUUUACCUUACUAUGAUAUAAUCAACCAUAUCAAAAAGUCCAGUAAGUUACAUCACAUCUAUUGAUAGAUAGAUCUCGUUAUAACUUCACUCUGGUGAGAGAUUGUUUUCUUAGGGCAUUACAAGUGUUACGGUAUUUAUGUGUAAGCUUUAGGAGCUUGGUUUCAAACAACUGGGAUACAGAACUAAGCCAUUAUUAAUGUCAAUGUAAAACACUCCUGUGGGUUUCCCCCAUUAAAAGUUAAAAUGUUUGUCGAGAAGUCCUAAUUAAGGUAUAUUAUGUAGUAAUAGUUUCAGGAUGAAAUAUCCCACACUGAAGAUGCCUAAGUGGGUCUUGGCUGGUAUUCACUGUAUGUAUACUAAAACGCUUCCUUUUAAAUUAAAAACAAAAUAAGAAAUAUCAGAACAUGCAAUCAAUUAUUAUUAUUAUUAUAUCUACUUUGUUGUUGUUUUGAUCCAGACCCUGCCACUAAAAACUCAAGGGAGAGUUAUUAAGCAUCUUUCUGUGUUUUUAUACUGAAUUCUUGUGCCUGAGUAAAGGUCUCAGCUGAACCGCUGGAGGCCUCUGGUGGUUCGGUUGUCACAUUGCAUCCUUUGUCAGAGGGAAGGUCUACUCCACUGCUCCAACGUGGUGCUGGUUUACACGCCAGUACUGGGGGUCUUCAAAUAAGUGUAUAUGUGUGUUUGUCCACGUGAAUGCAGCAUUGGUGUUGCUGGGUGGAAGAGUUGUCUGACCGGUUUGGGGAAGGAGCAGAAAUCAGAAAUUUCAUCCCACUGCCAGUGUCCA